AAUUUUACAUACCCACACACACGACCUUAGCUACCAACUUUGAAAAAAUGGACUCAAAUACAAAAUUGCACAAAGGGUUCAUGAAAGGAAAGUUGGUAAUGUCUUUCAUUAGAGCCUCUAAGCCUUCCACCACCACCACCAAAACGGUUCCUCAUAAAAAACCGGCUACCGCCAAUCAAAAGACUACUCCUCCACCAUCAUCGUUGAUGAUAAUGAACCAAGAAAAAGUGAACCUUCAACCUAAGCACAGGGUCUCUUAUGUUAUCCCACAAACAAUGGGCACAUAUGGCGUGUUUGACAAUCCAUAUGGUGUUGUGGUGGAUGAAACUGUUGACGCUAAAGCAGCGUCUUACAUCUCUUGUGUUCAAGAACGGUUUAAACACGAUCUUUUUAUUAAUGAGUUGGUUGAUCGAGCCAGCAAGUUAGCUUAGCAACUUGUCAAUUAUUAUGAUUAGUGCGUUUUCGAUCUGUUGUUCUUUGCUUUCCUUUUAUGUAUGGUGUGAUCAGAAGAACAUGAUAUAAACUCCCGUAUGAAUUUGAUAGCAAGAAUGAGAAACUUUUAUUAUAAA